GUAAAUAAAACAUCGUGCAUUUUAUUCUUAUUCGUUUAUAAUUAAAUUAAUUGUUAUAUCAGUCAUUACGGAACAAAAAAAAGAUGCUGAAAGAAAAGAUUGCCAGUUUCUUCAGGUCAAAAACAGCAAUGAAUCCACCAACACCUACGGAAACAAAUAAAGAAAGUGUCAUCGAUGAAAUCAACCAGAAAGCAUCUCAAUUAUUAAAUGAUAGAUGGAUGUUUCACGAAGAACGGGGUUUUGAGCUCUUAAAUUUAUAUCACAACUUAAGGGAGAAAUUAAGAACAUCCAGUGAACCACAAUUAUUAUCCGAUUUGAAUGAUAUCAGUCAGCAAUUAAAAGCCGUCGAAUCGGGCCUUGAAAAUAUAAUAGAAGAUACAGAAGAGUUCCAGACGAUUAUAAAAACAUCGCUUAACAAUCAAAGAGCUUUAUCGCAGGAUGUCCAAGAUCCGAUACUAAAGCAACUCUUGUCAAUGGAAAAUUUCAUGAUUAGAUUGAUGCAGCUGUACGAAAAUGAAUUGUCGAUUAAGAAGAAAGUCAUUGAAAAUAUUUCUAAUAUUGUCUCGUCUGAACAAUCUCAUGUAUUCUUAGCUUCGUGGUCUUCUCACUUAGGCUAUGAAGAAAUUAACAAACUUAUUACGCAGUUGAAAAUUACUUCAGUUGAAUAUUGUUGGAAAAUAUAAAAUUUUCAAUUAUUUAAUUUAAUAUGUUUUUCGUUACUUGUC